GCUACGUUUAAUUUCUUCACGGCAUCACUUUCUAAAAAGGUAAUUCUAACGGAAUAGUUCGCAACGCCGUCAAAACCUUCUGGCUAAGUCGGAGACUUUGCUUUUAUUUUGUAGUUUUCUUUUAAUUUUCAUUCACAAAGUCCACAUCACGUUUUCAUCUCUCAUCAGCGAUUCAACUUCCGGCGAAAUUCCCAAUUCCUGAGGCAAGAGCCCUAAUUUCAAUAUGGUUUGUAUAAUGUGUUUGGUGCCGCUGUUCCUCGUCCCGCUCAUCAAUCUACUCCCCCGGAUCAUCGAUUUCUUAAUGGCCAAAGUGUAUGGAUGGCUCGGAUGGGAGUACAGGAAGCCAGCAAGAGUUCCUCCAUCUUGUCCUUUCAAGCCGAAUGACAACAAAGUGACUGCUGAAGCUGGAAGUGCAGGUAGAGAAGAAACAAUAGCUAAACCGGUCGUUGCAGGGGAGAGUGGCGGGGUUAAGCAGGAUUGAAGGCUUGAGUCCUCCUUUUCAAAUAAAAAGCUUUUGAUAUUAUGUGGAUAAGAGAAGAACCUUGUGGAAGAAAUUUACACAAAAUCAUGUCUUCUUUUUGUUAUAACAGCCCCUUCGUUUUCUUCAAUGGUUAUUAUUAUCACACAAAAAUGUAGAGAAUAUAUUAUAAUUUGAAAAUAUUUGUUUAUCUCCACU